UCGCACCGGGGAUUCCCCCGCGUGACAAAAACAGCUCAACUCUUCCCCUUCUCGCAUUGCUCAUAUGCUCCCCGCCCGGAGGACCUCGCGUCGCUACCGGAUAACUUGACGACAGACAACCGCUUGGCUCUCCUCUCGCGUCCAUAAUGAGCGUCGACAUUUUCCAAGGCGACAGCGCAACACGUCACAGCCGAGUAACCGUAGCCUUUGACCAACGUCGUUAGUCGUCCAAUGGCAUGAAAGGCACCAGCUCUUGCCCUCGGCUCUUUCCACAAGCGGCCAUCUCUUCGUCCUCGGAGUCCCGGUCUUCCUUUGAAUUAUAUCCGGAAAUUCGUUGGGGGCGAGUCGGGGAGCCCCACUAUGGCGAGCGGCGAUUGUCGCAAAGAUGGUUUUCUGGAGGAGAGUCGCGUGGACUCGGGCAUUGACUCUUACCGCUCCAUGCUGAAGUCAGAGGAGCAACAGCGGGAGCCCGGCGCCGAGCUCAGCGGGCCGAGGGACAAGUUUUCGGCUGUGGAAGAGCGCUUGGAUUCGGCCUACGGUUCGUCGUCUCUGACGGCGGAGAGCCUGGCAGAAAUAGUGGAGGGCUGUUCGAUUGCCACCGAGGAGGCACCGGCGACCGGCACUGGAAUCGCAGAACACGAGGAGAACCUUAUCACGUCCAUCACUGAAGAUGGAGAUACAAUCCUGCACCUGGCCAUCAUCCAUGAGGACGCAUUCAUUGCAAAACAGUUGAUCCAACUAUUCCCAAAAGAGGUCCUGGACAUCCAGAACAAUUUGUAUCAGAGUCCUUUGCAUCUGGCCACUUAUUUGAACCUGACAGAAGUGGUCAAGAGCCUGGUGGGCAAAAGGGUUGGCAUUGAGCUGCAGGACCAGGAUGGAAAUACAGCGCUCCAUGUCGCCUGCCAUCACGGCCUGACCAUGUGUGCCACGGAGAUGGCCAGUGAGAUGUCCCCCAGCAGGCUGGCACUGGUCCUGGAAACCCAAAACUGGAGAGGUCUUGCCUGUCUUCACGUAGCAGCGCUCAGCAGGCAGCACCAGAUUAUGAAACUCUUGAUGAUGAAGGGCGCAGACCUUAAUAUCCAGGAGGGAACUAGCGGCAAAACAGCGCUCCAUCUUGCUGUUGAGAUGCACGACGCCACCUCGGUGAAGCUGCUGCUCAGCAGUGGAGCCAACGUGGACGCCGCCAUGUUCAACGGCUGCACACCGCUCCAUCUUGCUGUGGGGAGGCAGGACACGGCCAUCGCCAAUCUCCUCUGCCAGUCUGGUGCUGACACCAUGCUACGGAACUUGGAGGACGAGACGGCGUUGGACCUCGCCGAUGGCAACAAUGAUAUUCUGGCUUUAUUUCCAUUUGAUGACAUUCACAUCUCGGGGAGGUCAGUGGUUGGUGUCAACUUUUGAGCUACUGUGCAGAGCUGCAUCACAAGGUCAUGAAGAUGAAUCAGAGCCUUACUGUACAUCAGCUACAACCUUUUGUUAGCAAGACUGUUUCAACUGUACAAUUUGUAGUACUCUGUGGUCAAAUAUAUAUUUAUAUGUUUUGUGGAGAAACGCUUGCAUCACAACCUUUGUCUCUGUCACAAAGGUGCUAAUCUGCUUAAACAUCUUUGACUUGAACACUGAAAAAACAAUCAGUUUAACACACUGCUCCUUACGGUCACUUUGCAUCAUCACAUCCAUUAACAUCUCUUAGAAGAUCUACCUCUUUCUCAGCAAGACUUUUACUAUCUAGAAAUCCAAAAUUCAAAUAGCCUUUUCUUGUUUCUAAAAUUUCACCAGUGCUGUAUUUUUCUUUUAAAUAAAAGCACAGCUUUUUGCUAUAGCCAUUGCAAGACUAAAUAACCCCACAUGGAAUUGUAAUCUUUGACAUCACAUUGUUUGGAGUUUAGAUAUCUGCUUUACUCUUUGGUGUUAAUUGCACUGGCUUAACUAGUUCAUAAGUGAUUUCAUGCUCAUUUAUUUUGUAAUAAAAUUGAUUAAAAGAUAA